CUUCGUGCACUCAUUUCUUUGCUAAAAUUUCCUCGAAAAAACCGAAACACUUGUAAAAACAUCUUUCAGUAACUAACGAACCAACACCAAAUCUGCAAAGAAACAUAAACUUUAACUUUUGUUCUGUUGUGCUCUGUUUGGAUCCCGAGAAAAAUGAUUGAAAGUAAAGAUCCUGCAAUUAAACUAUUCGGCCAAAAGAUUCUAGCUGAAGCUAUGGAUGUAGAAGAAGAAAGAGAUGGAUAUCUUAGCGAGUCUGAGAGUGAAGAUGAAGAAACAACAAAGGACCAUGAAGCAAAAAAAGACACUGAGAAAAGGAAAGAAGUUGAUCCUCCACCAAAUUCUGCAGAGAUCAAGAAAACAUCAACAACAGCAUUAGCAGAAGCUAAUCAGAAUUCAAAAACACCAUCUGUAGAUGAAGAAACAUCACAAUCCAAAAAUGAACAAAGCCUUGUAGCAGCAUCAACAACAAACAACAAUAACAACAAUCUUGAGAAAACACUAAAGAAGCCCGACAAACUACUCCCAUGUCCGCGCUGCAACAGCGCGGACACAAAAUUUUGUUACUACAACAACUAUAAUGUCAACCAGCCCCGCUAUUUCUGCAGAGCGUGUCAAAGAUACUGGACUGCCGGCGGAACCAUGAGGAAUGUUCCGGUUGGUGCAGGGAGAAGAAAGCACAAAAACAACUCUUCAUCGCAUUAUCGUCACGUCACCGUCUCUGAGGCACUUGAUGCAGCAAGAGUUUUCUCUCCUGAUGAAACUCAUUAUGCUCCAAAUUCGAAAACCAAUGGUAGACUCCUUAGCUUUGGAUUGGAUCAUCCAACAAUCUGCAAUCCUGCAGAGAAAAGGGGUCUCAGCGACACUCGUGACGAUCAUUGUUCAAGUGCAUCUUCUAAUACAGUUUCAAAAUCUAUGGAGCAAAGUGGCAAAAACAUGUCACAAGAAUCAUUACCACAGCAAAAUUGUGGUUUUGUUCCUCAAGUUCCAUGUAUCACAAGCGUUCCUUGGCCUUACACUUGGAGUUCUUCCGCGAUUCCCUCGCCGCAAACAUUGUGUCCUCCUGGAUUUCCCAUGCCAUUCUACCCUACUCCAUUUUGGAACUGCGGUGUUCCCGGAAAUUGGAAUGCUCCUUGGUUUCCCUCUCCUACUUCCGCUACAAGUCCAAGCUUAUCGAACUCUAGUUCAAAUCCUCCAACGCCUGGGAAACGCACGAGGGAUCAUAAUGAUGACGAUGAUGACACGACUAAACAAGACGAUCUUCGAAAAGAAGAAUCACCAAGACAAAGAAGUGGGAGUGUAUUGGUUCCAAAAACAUUGAGAAUUGAUGAUCCAAAUGAAGCUGCAAAGAGUUCUAUAUGGGAAACACUUGGAAUCAAGAAUGAAAGUGUGAGUAAGGGAGGCAUGACCAAAGCUUUUCAACCAAAGAAAGAUGGAAAAGAACAUGUUGAAACCUCUCCAAUGUUGAUGGCUAACCCUGCAGCUUUGGCUAGAUCACUUAAUUUUCAUGAAAAUUCUUAAAUAAGAAGUAACCCUUUUAUGUUAGUGUUUAUGAAAUGAGGUUAGUCACUUCUUUUCUUGAGACAGUGACCAUCUUUCUCAUCAAUGACCAUUUGAUUAGCCUUGUUCAAUCUUAGUGUGAAGUGAAGUUUGGUAGUCUCAACACAAAAAGGGAACUAAUUUUGUCUCUCUUUUUAUGUGACAUUAUGGAUAGGUGUUUUUUGUUAAGUGCUUACUUUGUUGAGUUUGGUGUUUAUGUACAUAAAAAUAUAUGUGAGAGUAUAUACUUUCAAGAGAUGGAAAAAAUCUUUACUAUUUUCUUAAUGAUACGUGAAAAUACUUCCUUUGU